AUCUAUCCCAGGGUUUGUUCUCUGGCUGAGCUGUAAUAGAAGGACAGCCCACACUCCAGGAACACCCCUCUGCUGACAGAUCUGCUCCUGUGAGUGACCCAUCAGGCAGAGAGAGCAGACUAGAGGUGCUGCUUACUGCAACUGCAAGUGAGGAUGAUGGCUCUGCACAUACUAUUCUUUCAGCUAUGUGUUUGUGUUAUUGCUUUUCCAAUACACAUCCUGGCCUUGCUGGGUCUGUGGGAACCGAUGGCUAAGAAGUGGAUGCCUUUCCUGCUGGACAGGAUGACAAAUACCUACAACAAGUACAUGAGAGAACACAAGAAACAACUAUUCAGCAACAUGAGUGAUUUUAAAGGCCCUUCUGGGGAACUGAAGGUCCUGGAGCUUGGCUGCGGCACCGGUGCAAAUUUCCAGUUUUAUCCUUCAGGAUGCACGGUCACCUGUGUCGAUCCCAACCCUAACUUCAAGAAGUAUUUGAGUAAGAGCCUGGCUGAGAAUGAUCAUGUGCAUUUCCAGGAUUUUCUAAUUGCCCCAGGGGAGAUCAUGCCCCAAGUCGCAAGUGGUUCCAUGGAUGUGGUAAUCUGCACCUUGGUCCUGUGCUCUGUGGACAAUAUUGAAGGGAUCCUGGCAGAAAUACGUCGGGUUCUGAAGCCUGGAGGAGCGUAUUAUUUCUUGGAGCACGUUACUGCAAAUCCUUCCUCAUGGAACUAUUUUUUCCAGAUCAUUUUGGAUCCAACUUGGAAAUACAUAGGUGAUGGAUGUAAACUUACAAAGGAAACAUGGAAGUACCUGGAAAAAGCCAAUUUUUCACAAGUGAAACUUAGACACAUCAUUGCACCAUUUAAUUGGAACCCAGUCAAACCCCACAUUGUUGGGUAUGCUGUAAAAUAAGUGUAAUACUUGGAAAACAACAAGAUGAUGAAAUACUAUGGAAACUAAUUUGCCACAAACUUCUCAGCACUUACAAAAAUACAGCAGAUGAUGGACUUAGUUUGGGAGCAUAAAAGAAAAAGAAAAAUUAUAUCUGGAUCGCUAAGAGUUUGGAUUCAGUUUAAGUGUGAAUGUUUUAUUACUAUGGUAAAUAAACUUUUUACCUACAACAAA